UUCUUUUCGUCAACUUUGACCUUUCAUGACUUGUUCAGAUUUUAUCCAGUAAUUAAUGGAAUCUUCCAUAUUAACUCAGAUUUUAUCCAGUAAUUGUUUGACUUGUUCUAUAUUUAAAGUAAGAUUUCACCUUACUUCUCUUCUAUUAGAAGUCAGAACACAAACUAAUCAUCCUCAAAACAAAAAUAAGAGAGAAAAAAAAAAUGGAUGAAGAGAACGGCACCAUGUCCUGGGAUUCAACGACGAAACAAAGAAAGCCUCUCGGUUGGAAAGCUAUGCCUUACAUAUUAGCGAAUGAGACAUUGGAGAGGCUUGCGUCAUUUGGAAUAAUGGCGAACUUCAUGGUGUAUAUGGUCAAAGAAUAUCAUAUGGACCAAGUUCAAGCUGCAACUCUAAUCAACACUUGGUAUGCACUGACCAAUUUCGCUCCGAUCAUCGGAGCUUUCAUUUCCGACUCUUACACCGGGAAAUUUAGAACCAUUGUAUCUGGUUCCAUCUCAGAGUUGUUGGGCAUGUUCGUGUUGACUCUCACUUCUCUGAUCCCUAAUCUACGACCACCACCUUGCACUUCCGACCAAAUCACCGGAGAAUGUAUCGGCUAUAGCGAUUUGCAGUUAUACGUUUUACUCUCAGGACUCUUCUUGUUAUCAGUCGGAACAGGAGGAACCUGUUCAUGCGUUGUUCCUUUUGGUCUCGACCAGUUCGAUGAUUCGACUGAGGAAGGAAGAGAAGGGAGCAGAAGCUUCUUCAGCUGGUACUAUAUCACUCAUACAAUCGCCCAAUUAGCCUCAAUGACUCUAGUGUUGUACGUACAGAACAACAUUAGUUGGGCCAUUGGAUUCGCUAUCCCGACAGUUCUCAAUUUGGUUGCACUUGUCCUGCUAUUUGUGGGAAUUCGGUUUUAUGUUUUUGUCAAACCUGAAGGAAGUGUGUUCUCUGGUAUCUUCAAGGUUCUCGUGGAUGCUUAUAAGAAACGCAAUGUACAGUCUUCUUCUGAGAUUGACUAUCAUCGACCGUUACUAGAGACAAAUGCGAAAUCAAAUAAACUUGUACUCACUGAUCAAUUCAGAUUCUUGAACAAAGCUGUGAUAGUGCUAAACAACGAUGAGGCCAGAAAUGAGGAGUGGAGAAUCUGCACAGUGGGACAGAUAGAGGACAUAAAGUCCAUCAUAAGCAUUAUUCCAAUAUUUGCUUCGAGCAUUAUAGGAUUUUUGGCUAUGAACCAACAACAAACUUUUACGGUGUCACAAGCGCUAAAAAUGGACCUCCGAUUUCCCGGUACUUCUUACCUAAUCCCUCCUGCUUCUAUUAUUGUCAUAUCACAUCUCACCAUAGGGAUAUGGCUCUCGCUCUAUGAAACCUUUUUGGUUCGACACAUUGAAAACAUUACAAAACAAGAAGGAGGCAUCUCUUUACUCCAAAAAGUUGGGAUUGGAAAUGUUUUCUGCAUCACUACCAUGUUCAUAUCGGGUAUUUUGGAGCAAAAGAGAAGAGAUUUAUCCCUUUCGGGCACAAACAUAUCGAUCUUUUGGCUAGCUCCACAACAAAUACUAAUGGGAUUUUAUCAAGUCUUCACCAUUGUUGGUCUCACUGAGUUCUUCAACAAGCAAGUUCCAAUCAACAUGAGAAGCAUAGGGAACUCGUUGCUUUACUUAGGUAUGUCUUUAGCUAGUUAUCUAAGCAGUGCCAUGGUGAAAAUUGUUCAUGGUGUGACUGGUCGUGGAGGAAGACAUAGUUGGCUCACGGAUGAUAUUGAUACUGGCAAGUUAGAUUAUUUCUAUUACUUUAUUGCCGCUUUGAGCACUCUUAAUCUCGUUUCCUUCUUGUGGUGUGCUCGAAGGUAUCGUUAUAGAAACAUGUGACAACUUUAUUUCUAUAUAAUUAUAUAUCAACACUCAUUUGUAAUGAAACUCAUGACAUUUUAGUAUCA